AUGAAGCGAAAGUCAGUAAAAGACCAAGUAAUCGUAAUUACUGGCGGUGGCUCUGGAAUUGGCCAAAGAGUCGCGGAAAUAUUGGCACUAGAGCAUGGUGCUGUGGUUGUUAUUCUUGAUCUCAAUGAGGUAUGAAAAGUUUGAGUAAUUUUUUUAUUGAUUUUUGAUUUCUUAGCUACAUUGGACUUUCAAAGAAAGUUCUUGCCAUUUUUUGUUUUGUAAAUAAUGUUCUUGCCAUUUUUUGUCUUGUAAAGAAAGUUCUUGCCAUUUUAGGGUUUGUAAAAAAAGUCCUUGCCAUUUUGUGUUUUGUAAAGAAAGUUCUUGCUAUUUUUAAGAUUUAGGAAUCCGGAACCUCUACAACCAUUAACAUAAGCAGCAAAGGAGGCAGAUGUGAAUAUUAUAAAUGUAAUGUUGCUGAUGCCAAAAAUGUAGAAGAAAUUGCUCAACAAAUUCUUCACAAGCACGGUCAGCGCUUUUAAAUAUUGUUUUUUCAACUUUUAAGUAUAAUCUUAUACUUGUUUAUGUCCAUGCUCGUAUUUUACUCCACAAAUGCUCUAUUUUCAGAAAAGGUAGAUAUUGUAGUAUGUAACGCGGCAAUCGCAAGAUUUGGUCAUUUUUUGAACAUUACUGAUGAUGACAUGCAUCAGGUUUAUGAUGUCAAUGUGUUUGGAACGAUGAAUGUGGGUUACUUACUUUACCUUACUUAUUGUACUACCUUGCCGUGCACUAAUUUACCUUCGCUACCAUUCACUAGCUUAAGUUACCCUACCCUAGGCCCUACCGUUCCCUAAGCCCCCCCCCGUACCCUAGGCUUUACCGUACGCUAAGCCUUACCGUACCCUAGGCCCCACCGUACCCUAGGCCGUGCCAUACCCUAGGUCCUGCCGUACCCUAGGCCCCGCCGUACCCUAGGCCCAGCCGUACCCUGGGGCCAAACCAUAGUCUAUGUCACCGUACUCUUCCAUAUCACGCUUUUAAAAUCUUAUCCUACCCAAAGCCUUUUCCAGGUCCUCCGGGCAUUUCUCCCAGAAUUCGAAAAACGAAACAGUGGCCAUAUAGUGGCAAUGUCAUCGAUUGCUGGUCAUUUCGGAGAAACCUUUGGCUCAGCCUAUUGCCCUACUAAAUUCGCCACCAGAGGUCUGAUGGAGUCGCUACAGAUGGAAUACCGUGAUCGUGGUCUUAAUGGUAUUCGGACUACUACGCUAUUCCCCUACUUUACCAAUACGCCUAUGGUACAGAGCUUGGCUUUCGCCCCUACAUCAGAGUAAGGUCAAUGUUUUAAAAUGCCAUUCUUUUUGCACCAAGGCUCUGAAAUGCCAUUCUCUUUACAUCAAAGCUUUAAAAUGCCAUUCUUUUUGCAUCAAGGCUUUAAAAUGCCAUUAUUUUUGCAACAAAGACUUUGUAAUGCCAUCACUUUUGCAUCAAGACUAAAAUUUUCAGAUUCUACUCUUGUAUGUCAGUAGAUCGCUGUGCUCAAGUUACAGUAGACUCUAUACUAAAAGAGCGUGUCAUUAGCUACAUUCCACGCCAUCUUUGCAUACUUGGCUUCUUUAAGGGGUGAGUUUGCCCUGCCCACCUUAACUUACCCUAUCGUAACCCAGUAUGGUUAAAUAGGGCAACCUUACCAUACCUCCUUAAGAUACCUUACCUUACCGUACUCUAACCUACUCUACCUUACCUGCCGUACACCUACUCUACCCUACCCUACUCAAUGUAACAACCACUCCCUAACUUUCCCUAUUUAAAAUUUAAAAGCCACCCCCUAAUCUUUUUCAGUAUGGCGGCGUAUUACUGCCAGAAAUCGGGUCGUCGGCUGGUCGGCUUCCAACUCUCACCGACCCGAACAAAUAAUAAUCAAGACGAGCGACAAGAAAAAAGCGACAAAUAUUCAUUCGAAGCGUGGUCACCACACAAAAUGGCAGCCUUUUUCCGCUCGCCCGAUCUCUUCUGGUUCUUUUUGAUACCUGGCGCUUUGGCCUUUACUUUUGUAAGUUUUUAUUGUGUAUAUUUUUUAACAGUAGUGUUAGUUUUAUAUAAAAUUGUGCGACAACCCAUAUUAUCAACUUGCUGUUAAUAAAAAAUUGCAAAAACUGCGCGAAAAAAGCAAAUUUUUUGCAAAAACUUGAGUUCAUACCUCUAAAACAUCUAUUUUUAUAGAUUUUUUAGUGAAAAUAAGGUAAAAAGCCCCUUAUUUUGAUAGAAAAAAAUCUUAAAAUUAUGUGAAAAACUUUUAAAAAAAUAAAUUUUAAGCCCAAGUUAAGUAAAAAUAGCAAAAACCAACAAAAUCCCAUUCUCUUUCAUGAAAAAAAGUGGAUUUACUUACCUAAUAACUCCAACAAAAGUUGUUUUUAAUGUCUUUUUUACAUUUUCUGUUUUAUCUCAUGCUUUCUUCUUAUCAACAAUAACAUGAUAUUAUUAAACAGAAUAUUAAAAACAGUCAAAAUUACAUGAUUAUCAAAAUUUAUCAAAAAUUUGUCCAAAACAAUUGAUAAAGGUAACGGGCGUUUUGGAACGUUAUAUGUCAUUUUAUAAAUGACUUUUUGGAAAUUUUAAAAUUUUGGUUUGUAGAAGAUUGCAUUUUCUAACUCUUUAAAAAGUUUCACUAAAAAAUCUCAUUAACCAACCAAGUUACAGCUCAUUAAAAGUGUCAAGAGCACCCUCGUCUUCCAAACGGAUUCGAACUUUUUUGAUUUUUGACAUUUUGGAUUGAUCAUAACUUUGUUAUAAAUCAAGAUAUUUAUAUGAAACUGGUAGAAAGAUGUACCAAAAUAUCCUUUACAAUAUGUAUGUUUUCGAUUUUAGAAAAAAAUCGAUUUAUGACAUACAACAGCAAAAGACUGUCAACAUCUUUUCUUCAAAAUCCUUUACAAAAUCCUUAAAAAAUAAAAAUUACCGUUUCAGCUGGUAUACUAUGACGUUGAUCUCAUCCCGCACACGUAUCUUGGUCCAGUCGGCACAUUCAUCAGUAGCAUGGGCAAAGAAAACCGCUCGAUAACUGGCUUGAUCAACAUCUUGGCAUGGAUCGCUCACGUGGCCGAAGGCUUAUUCGCUUUAUAUACGGCUGAUAAACGAAAGUACGGGUUUGGAUGUGCCUUCAAAUGGUUCGCACAAACAACAAUCGUCGGAUUCCCAUCAUUGUUGUUGUUAUUGAACCGCCGUGAUCCUCGUCCUAGAAAGAAGAGAAAUUAA